UCAGACGUGCAGCAGACAUCGCCAACGGAGGUUGAGAUUCGUACAUAUUUCGAGUACUCGAAAAAACUAAAGAAAACUUUGAUAAAUCACACACACAACACUUAUUUUGGUUGUAUAUUGAAAAUGGUGUCCGCCGUGAAAUGCAGUUUGGCCGUGGCCGUUAUGCUAAGCUUGGCCUGUUCGGCCUAUGCACUUAGGUGCUACCAAUGCGAGUCGCUGACUUCACCCAAGUGCGGCUUGAAAUUUGAGGCUGAUGAUAGCAUGCUAGUUGAUUGCUCGAGAAUUGGACCGCCGCGUUAUCUGCAGAAUUUCUUCCCCGCACGUAACGCCACCGGCUGCAUGAAGAAGACGCUCGAGAGUGUUGUGGGUCAUCCGCAGAUCGUGCGCACCUGUUACUUUGGCGAUAUCUACAAUAAUCAGGGCAGCUGCCAGUCGGAUCCAUCGCUGCCCUUCGUUAAGCAACUGGGAUGCGAAGUCUGCACCGGUAAUGAGUGCAAUGGAUCCUCAUCUCUGGCACCUCUGGCUGGUGGCAUUCUGUUGUUCUUUGGCGUGGCCCGCAUCUUGGCCUAGAGAUCUCUUCAGUCUAUGUAUUGUAAUUGGUCGUAGUUCUUAAUCUUUUCGGUUGUACUAUAUUUAUGCAUUUCUUUCCGCAUUUCUUAAGUGCAUUUGAUUUGAUCUGCCUCUCAUAGUUAUGAAACAUUUUCGUUUAAAUUUGUGCCUAAUUCAAAUGCAAUUGAAUCAAAUUAUAAGUAUUUAAAAAUCCCUCAUUCUACAUUUACAUCGCUAUCUUCUUAAAUCAAAUAAAUGAAAAAUAUAUAAAAUUA